AUGAAGAUUUUACUGCAUAUGGACUUGGAAAGGCAAAGGCAAGAACGUGGUGGUGGUAGGCGAAGUAAUGGAGGCUCAUGCCCUGCAAUCCUUGGAGAGUAUAUAUCCAGCGCACCUUUGAUCCCUUUGCUCAAGCCUGGUGGUGGGCGAAGACCCAUUGUUGUGGGCACUAUAUGGAGAAGAUUGUGUUCAAAGUUGGAUGCUUCAUCUGUGUGUAAGGAUAUGACCAGAUAUUUAGGAAACCACCAGUUUGGAGUUGGUAUUCCUUGUGAUAGUGAAGGUACUUUACACUCAGCUAACAAUUUACUUGAGUUUCAGGGGAGUCAGAACAAUGUGACAAUGCUCCUAGUUGAUUUCUCAAACGAUUUUAACUUGGUAGAUAGAACUGCAUUGCUCACUGAAGGUGACCCAUUAGGUCCACUUCUUUUUGCUCUGAUUUUACACCCACUUGUCAACAAAAUUGCCACUGAAUGUACCCUUGAUCUUCAUGCGUGGUAUUUGGACAAUGGUACCCUUAUUGGUGAUACCAUGGAAGUUUCUAAAGAUCUUAGAAUUAUACAAGAUGAAGGACCUGCGAGAGGUUUACAUCUUAACAUCAGUAAAACUGAGAUUUUUUGGCCAUCUGUUGAUCCUAGAAGGGACAUGAUAGGUGUUUUUCCGACAAAUAUCAGCAAGCCAACAAGAGGAGUCAAAAUUCUUGGUGGACCUGUAAGUAUGGAUCUACAAUUCUGUAGUAAUAUGGUUGUUGACAGAGUGGAGAAGACAAACCGGCUCAUGCAUAAUAUUAAGAAGCUGCAAGACCCACAGAGUAAGUUGCUUCUCUUACGUAGAUGUACAGGUGUGUCAAGACUCUUUUUCACCAUGCGUACUACUACUCCUUUAGCAUUGCAAGCAGCCACAACUCUAUUUGAUAAACAAUUACUUCAGUAUCUCCGACAACUGAUUGUUAGGGAUGGUGCUGGUUUUGGUAUUGUUCAACAGCGACUUGCUACUAUGCCGAUCAAGGAUGGAGGUUUAGGUGUUUACACUAUGGCUGAUACUUCCCAGUAUUGUUUCCUGGCUUCCUGCGCACAGGCUCAACACUUACAGAGCAUUCUAUUACAGGGUAACACCACUUUUGACUCGAGCCAGAGAUAUCAACAAGCUCUCCAGGUAUAUACUCAAACUUGUGGUUCAUCUCCUUCGCAAUUUAACAUCAACGAUGAUGCCCCCCAUUUCAUGAAAUCAAUGGCAGCGACAUACUUUGAUGUGAUUAAGAAGGAACUUCCCACCAAGUAUUCACUAUCUGCGAGGGAUAUUGAUCUUUGA